AUGUCGACAUCAUCCUUUUCCGUCGACGAAGCUCCACCCGAUCUCACCUCCCCUGACGACCAAAACCCCUAUAAAAUCAUUCUUGCUCGGUUUUCUAGAAAUGAGUUUAGUUUAGAUUCCAGGGCUACCAUUGGAGUUGAGUUUCGGACUAGAACUCUUGUUAUUCAACACAAGAGCGUCAAGGCUCAGAUCUGGGACACUGCUGGUCAAGAACGAUACAAAGCUGUUACGAGUGUAUACUAUGAGAGAGCCGUCGGGGCAAUGCUGGUUUACGAUAUAACAAAACGCCAGACCUUUGAUCACAUCCCACGUUGGCUGGAAGAGUUGCACAGCCAUGCCGACAAGAACAUUGUUAUUAUUCUGAUCGGUAACAAAUGUGACGUUAAGAACCAGAGGGAAGUUCCGACGGAGGAUACCAAAGAAUUCGCGCAAAAGGAAGUACUGUUUUUCUUGGAGACAUCAACCCUUGAAGCAACUAAUGUGGAGACUGCCUUCAUGACUGUGCGCACCGAGAUCUUCAACAUCGUGAACAAGAAGAACCUGGUUACCGAUGAGAAUCAGGGAAACGGCAACCCUGCAUCUCUAGCAGGCAAGAAGAUCAUCAUUCCAGGUCCAGCACAAGAAAUUCCAGCGAAGAGCAACAUGUGCUGUAGAUCAUGAGUUAAUCUGGAUUCAUCUCCUAUUGUAUGCCAGGUUAUUUCUUUUAACAUUCUUAAUAGCAAUUCUUUUAUGGGUGUGGUAUGUGUUUGUAUAUUUUA